CAAUCAUACAGAAAUACAAUUUCUAGCCAGAUAUUAGAGCCACAUAUUCCAUUUAUUCCCAAAUUCCAGUACCAUCGACUCAAUUCCUUUACCAAUAACUCCCCAAUUCGUUUGCAACCACAGAAGUUUUUCCCCAACGUUUGCAAUCACACAAGAUUCCUACGACAACAGUCUCGUCAAAAGUUGCGUUUGCAACCACACAAGUUUCGUUUGAAAAUUUUCUUCGCAAAUUUGCUUUAGAUUUGCUUGCAAAUCUCAUCAAAAGUUUCCUUAGAAUAGUUUCGUUUGCAAAUUUUCUUUGGAUUUGCUUUUCAAAUUUCCAUAGCACAUUUGAGUUCUGAGAACACUUGUGUUGAUCUCACAAACUCUCUAUCAGUUGUUGCCGAAAAAUUUUCACCAACAAUUACAGCCAAAAUCUGAUGCGGAACAAGCAAAGCUUCAUCAGAUAGCCACAGAUCUCCUGGUUUUGGCUGGAAAUCCAACUGGAAUUCCAUCUCCCACCAUUAAAGGGCCAUCUUUCUAUUAUAAAAUAGGCCUGAUAUGGCAUGACUUGAAAAAGUACAACCUAGCCGCUUCUUGCUUCGAAAGGGUGGUAUUCAGAGAGUUUUUCGGUGAUGAAGAGCAGGAGCUUCUCUUCGAUCUCCAAAUUGCUCGCUCUGCAACUGCAUGUGACUCAUCAUAAGCCUUUAGCUCUAACCUUCCUUGCUCAAGCUCAAAAUUUCCUCUCUCAAAACCUGAACACUAGCCCUAGCGACUAUUACAAGCUCGCAAACCAAUUCUUCAUAUUCGAGAAGUCCCUUCUCUUCAAGGAGGGCAAAACCAGUGGAUUGAGAGGAUCUGAGCUGUUGACGAUCUUAUCCGAUGGUCUUGGUCUGUGCACAGAGGGGAAUACUCUCUUGGUGAGUAAGAGAGAGAGAGGAUGGUGGGGCAUGUUGUUUGAGUCGUCGAUGGUGCAGUUAAGCCUCUGUAAUGGCGGAUGGUGGGCUACCCUAGGCUACUUCUACGUUGAAAGGCAUAUAUUUUGGUGCGGUGAGCGUGGAAGGCAAGGCGUGCCUUAUAGAUGCCUGUUGAUUUGUUGUUAUGCAAGACUGCUCCAUUCGAGAUAUCAGUUUCUGCAGAUUGCUAAUUUGUAGCUGCUCAAGCUUCUUCUGUUUCUGCUUCCUUACUAAGGCCUGCCUUUAGAUGUCCAAACUCAAGUUGCCAUCUCUUAAUGGAUCUUGAGUUUGAGGGAGAACAUGGAAAUAUAGAAAUUUGUACUUAUUUUAGGAAUAAUAUUUUCCUUCCU